AUGGACGCGCUCGCGGCGGCGUCGGACGAAGACGUCGACGCGCGGACGCGCGCGCUCGCGGACGAGAACGCGACGGUGUACGACUUCGUCGUCGUGCGCGAUCGUCGCGGUGAAAACGAUGAAGAGCGUGGGAAAUUUGUCGUCGGGACGCACCGAGCGGCAUGGAUGCGAUUCGACGACGAGCGUCUCCUCGCGGAUGAACUGGAGGAACGACUUCGCGCGCUAUUCGCACCUGCCGAUGAAACGACACCCAGCGCGUCACCGUUUCUCACGACAUCGGACGGUAUCUUGCUCGCAUCGUUUAGUCUGGUGAACGCGGAGCCGACGCCUGGGUACGCGUUUUCAUGGGAUUUUCAACGCGACGUCGAGCAACCGUUUCUCGGCGCGCUCCCGGAAGCGUUGAGUCGCGUAUUAGAGGUGCGGAUCGAGGCACAAGUGUUGCGACACGCACGCAGUCGGGUGCGACCGAUGUGGUCGGACAAACACAGGGGAUACGUGGUUGACUCGAAGCAGACACCAUUCUUCAUAGAUUCAGACUGGCCGAUCGACACGUCCGUGACGUACACGCCCAUCGACGGGAAACCGUUGCACUUUGUGGUGUACGUACCGCCUCAAACCGAGUGUCCACUGUAUGUGUUGGAUGAUAAUCAUGAAUUAACGGCGACAAAUGCGUUUAUCGUCGAAGGUUGGGGUGGGCUCGUGGUCGUCAAUCCUCCAGGAUGUGCGGUGGCUCGCGGCGAAAACGAAAUCAGACUGCGAAACGACGAAGUUGUAAACGUCGUGAACGCUUUCGUGCGCCAGCUUAGGAUUCAUUUAGGCGCGGGCGAAUUUCUGCAAAAAUUCGGAGCAAAGGUUUUACCGCCUAAGCACACCGGUUUCGCGACGUGGGAGGUCGAUGCGCUUGUGCAUUCGCGAUUGGUUGCCGAUUCGCAAUCGACGAUUUCUACUUUGAAAUCGCUUGACGAGGUCAUCUCGAGCAUAGCGGACAUCGCUGUUCCGGACGCUAUCGCUGAAAGAAUACUGGAGUCGGUUGAAGCACUCGAACGAGCGAUUGAUUUGGCGCAGAACGCACGGUACGACGAAGCCGGCGCGAGCGCGCGCUCGGCGCACGCGGCGGCGGAGAGAGCGUUCUUCGAUCCAUUCUCUCUCGGCGGUCUCGAGUCUUUUCCGUUCGAGUACAAAGUCGCAUCAGUGAUGCCAAUCAUAUUGCCGACGAUUUUCCCGCUAAUGUUAGGCUUCAUGCGUGAGAUGCGUCACUUCCAGCUUCGUCGCAGAGAAGCUUUUCGUGCGAGCGAGAGCUCGAAGAAGACGUCGUAA